AUGCGACUAGACAAUGAAUGGGACAAUAUAGUUGAGAAAGCAUUGAGGAAAUGGAAUGUACCGGGUACUGCGAUAGCGGUUGUUCAUGGCGGGGAAUCUUGCGUCAAGGCCUAUGGCCUGGCCGAACUACCAGCUAGGAAGCUAGAAACAAACUCAAUAUUCCCGACGAUGAGUACAAAUAAAGCCUUCCUAGCUGCUGCAACAGCGCUGGUGAUAGAUGAUACCAAGGCAAGUGAACAACCAUUAACAUGGGACACACCAAUUUCAUCUGUAAUCCCGGAUGAUUUCGGUCCUUCGGAUAUUACCUUUGAAGACGCUUUAUCGCAUCGGUCUGGGCAGCCAGGACACGAGCCCAAACUGAGUCUGGCAUCCCGCGAUGAAGAUCUUCAGAAUCUAGUGCGCUCUAUGCGCCACCUCUCACCAGCCUACCCAUUGCGGACGACGUGGGAGUAUAACACUUUCAUGUAUAUGGUUGUGAGUCAUGCACUAGUGCAGAAGAUGGGCGAGAGCCUGGAAUCUUUCCUCCAGCGACGUAUAUGGCUUCCUUUGGGUAUGGGUGAUACAUACUUUAGCACGCAGAAAGUUCGAAAGAUGCCCGGGAUUCAAGAAAGGCUAGUUAAGGGUUACGAAUGGGUUUCUGAGGCGAAGAAAUACAAAUUAUAUGAACCGAUCAACUACCAACCCUUGGAAGGCGUAGGUUCAAUGGCCAGCACCGUGCUUGACUACGAGAAAUGGAUCAAAGCUUUACUGACGAAAUCGACGCCUCUGUCUGCCGAGAGCUAUGAGGCGUUAUUCCAUCCUCGCUCAAUUCUUUCAAAACCAGACAGUGUGUCAGCUUCUUUGAACUGUGCUCAUCUUUAUGCUCUUGGUUGGUUUGUGGAUAAUUAUCAAGGAUACCCGUUCUAUUGGCAUACUGGUGGUUGGCCAGGCGUCUCAAUUCUUCUUGGCCUGAUUCCAGAUAAGCAGUUCGGCUUCGUCAUGAUGUCUAAUUCCCGUUAUGCUGGAAGAGAGCUACAAAUCGAUUUGUAUCAUUGUCUUAUAAACCGCUGUCUCAACUUACCUAUACCUCAAUCUAUAAUUGAUAAUGGCGAACAAGGCCCCUCUGGUACUGUCGGACUUCAAAAACCCGAAACAUCAAUAGAGGCGACCGCGCGACUCUUUUCGAAACAUGCUGGUACCUCAACGGCACCCAUUUUACCGCUUUCAAGCUACGUCGGUACGUACAUCAAUAAGGGAUAUGGGUCGAUAACCAUUAAUUUAGACAAGAGCAACGGGUCCUUGCACGCAGAUCUCUUAGAUCGGGUGACGCCAUCUAGAAUGGACCUAGAGCAUGUUACGAGGAAUUACUUUCUAGCAAAAAUUUACGAGCCAGGUUGGGAUAGUGCUGGGAUUGAGUAUUACGUCACCGAAUUUCGUAUUUCGUCGAAUGACAAGGUAGAUAAGGUCGGGUUCAAUUUUGAGCCCGCCCUGGGUGAAGGGGAGUUGAUUUGGUUUACUCUUGCUUGA